ACCGUGGCUGAGAGUGAGUGAGUGGCGGCGGACCGACGAGCUUGUGGUCUGUGCUGUCUGUCUGCCUGCCUGCCUGCCUGGUGUGAGGCUCUGGACUGAUGUCUCUGCCUGUCAGGAAUUUAAAGUGUCUCUCGCCGGUCAUGUGCCAGUGUAAGGUCAUCUGCAGCAACCGGACCCUCUCGCUCAUGUUCGGGUGCAAGAAGUACAGGUACCAGGAUGAGGAGACGCCCCCCUUGGAGCACAGUCCAGCACAUCUGGCUCCAGGGAAAAGUGCCGAGAUGCUUCAUAUGAGUGACAAGAACCUUGCCGCCAUGGAGGCCAUACAUGGCUACACACCACAUACACAUAUCUCCCCUGUCAAGCCUGUGUUGAUGUCUACGGGACACACUCCAAUGUACACCUCCGCUGUUUCCACACUGGGAAAUACUCCUCCAGUGGUGGUGAACACUGACACACUCGAUGGCUCCCCAUAUGUGAACGGGACCGAGGGGGAAAUUGAGUAUGAGGAGAUCACACUGGAGAGAGGUAACUCAGGCCUUGGCUUUAGCAUAGCAGGAGGAACUGACAACCCGCAUGUGGGCGACGACCCCAGCAUCUUCAUCACCAAAAUUAUACCUGGAGGAGCUGCAGCUCAGGAUGGACGGCUGAGUGUGAAUGACUGCAUCUUAUUUGUGAAUGACGUUGACGUAAGGGAGGUGACCCACAGCCAAGCUGUCGAAGCUCUCAAGGAGGCAGGUGCUAUUGUCCGCCUCUAUGUUCUCCGCAGAAAACCGGCUGCAGAGAAAGUCACUGAAAUCAAACUCAUCAAAGGGCCCAAAGGAUUAGGUUUCAGCAUUGCUGGAGGGGUGGGAAACCAGCACAUACCAGGAGAUAACAGUAUCUAUGUCACCAAGAUCAUUGAAGGCGGGGCGGCCCAUAAAGAUGGGCGUCUGCAGAUCGGGGACAAGAUCUUAGCGGUGAACAACGUGUGUCUGGAGGAUGUGAUGCAUGAGGAUGCAGUAGGGGCUCUGAAGAACACAGCUGAGGUGGUGUACCUCAGGGUGGCCAAGCCCAACAACCUGUUCCUGACCAACUCCUACAACCCCCCAGACCUCACCAGCACAUAUUCCCAUAUGGAUACUGAACUCAGCCACCCCAACUAUCUUGGGUCAGAUUACCCACAAGCCCUCACUCCCACCUCACCUAGUCGGUUUUCUCCGGUUCUGCAUGGCAUGAUGGGAGAUGAUGACAUCCCCAGUAUUCUCCUGUAUCCCUUCUCCAGGGAGCCUCGCCGAGUUUUGAUCCACCGAGGCUCCACCGGUUUGGGCUUCAACAUUGUUGGAGGGGAGGACGGAGAGGGAAUCUUUAUCUCCUUCAUCCUGGCAGGGGGGCCAGCUGACCUCAGCGGAGAGCUGCACAAGGGCGAUCAGAUCCUCAGUGUGAACGGCGUGGACCUGCGUAUGGCCACACACGAACAGGCAGCUGCAGCACUGAAGAACGCUGGCCAGACAGUGACCAUCAUCGCUCAAUACAGACCUGAUGAGUACAGCCGUUUUGAGGCUAAGAUCCACGACUUGAGGGAACAGCUGAUGAACAGCAGCAUGGGCUCCGGGACCACAACGCUAAGGAGCAACCCAAAGAGAGGCUUCUACAUCAGGGCUCUUUUUGACUAUGACAAGACUGCGGACUGUGGCUUCCUCAGUCAGGCACUGGGCUUCAAGUUUGGGGAUGUGCUGCAUGUGUUGGACUGCGGAGAUGAGGAGUGGUGGCAGGCCCGUAAGGUCAGCCCUCAGAAUGAGGCUGAGGAGGUUGGCUUCAUCCCCAGCAAGCACAGGUCAGACACACUGGUGGAAAGAAAAGAGUGGUCUCGUGUCAACACCAAAGAGAGGGACCACGGUCGAGACAGCUUGAGCACUCAAGGGAGAGAUAAGACCUCACACAGUUAUGAGACGGUCACCCAGGUGGAAGUUCAUUAUGCGAGGCCCAUCAUCAUUCUGGGCCCUGUGAAAGACAGGAUAAAUGAUGACCUGUUGUCUGAGUUCCCUGAUAAGUUUGGAUCUUGUGUCCCACACACCACGCGGCCCAAGAGGGAGUACGAGGUGGAUGGGCGGGACUAUCACUUUGUUUCUUCACGGGAACAGAUGGAGAAGGACAUCCAGAGCCAUCGGUUCAUCGAGGCGGGCCAGUACAACAGUCAUCUGUAUGGUACCAGUGUACAGAGUGUCCGCGAGGUGGCUGAACAGCAAGGGAAACACUGCAUCCUGGAUGUAUCGGCCAAUGCUGUGCGCAGACUACAAGCAGCUCAGCUCCAUCCCAUCGCCAUCUUUGUCCGGCCCAAGUCACUGGAGAAUGUCCUAGAGAUCAACACUCGCCUGACAGAGGAGCAGGCCAGGAAAGGAAUGGAUCGAGCCCUCAAACUAGAACAAGACUUCCUAGAGUGUUUCUCGGCUGUCGUGGAAGGGGACAGCUUUGAAGAGGUCUAUCACAAAGUAAAGACAGUGAUCGAGGAGCAAUCAGGGCCUUACAUCUGGAUCCCCACUCGGGAGAGGCUGUGAUGCUGCACCCGCCCUAGCCCCCCUUCCCCCCGCCCUUCCUCACAACCACCAACCGACACCACCCUUCACCCUCACAGCCAAGCGAGCCUCGCCUGCCUGUCUGUCCUCCAGCAAAGUCAGUGCUUUGGCAAUCACUGAGAAUGACACAGAGAGACAAAUGCAUACUAAGACAAACACAGAGACAAACACAGGAAGUGACACAGCGAGGCAAAGAACGAUACCAAAAAAGAGACUCUGAGACAGAUGUGAACACAGUGAUGUGUAAUUAGACUGAAAGAGACUGAGAGAAAAGACUUAAUCAGUAUUCCAUUUUAAUGAGCCAGAGUAUUGGGGCCCCGUUCACACUAAGCAUUAAAAUGCAUCUUGGCCACCAGUGGACAACUCUUAACUACAGCUGUGUCUGCAUCCAAACUGGGGAUGAAAAUGUCCUAAACACAGUUUAUUUAGCGCUGCCAAACAACUCAGUGUCUAAUGUGUAUUUUUGUAGAUGCAGCUCCCCAGCAGAUAAAAGCAGAUCGGAAGUGAAAUCCAAUCGCAAGUGAUUACUUGAGAGAUUUCGGAUGCAUUCUGGUGCCAGGUGUGAACUGCAGUCCAUGUCAUCUGGAGCUCAACACAGUCUGGAUAUAUCUGGACACAUUAGGUCUGAUCAGGGCUUGAAAGAGUGCAGAGGGAGACCCAGCAGGAAUGGACCUUGAGGUAGUAUUAAGACCACCUCGCCCUCCCCACCUACUCUUGAGUCUCCCCACUGAACACCUGAGAAGGAGGUGUCCAAAAAAGACACUGGCCACUCUUUUUAUAUCACCUCCUGGCUUUCUGUCCUCCUCCUCCUGUCAGCUCUGCCUUGUUUCAGGACAGGAAAAGGGGGGAAGACUGAGAAUGGGGUGCCCAGAUCCUGCUGAGUCCCUCUUGACAAGGAGUCUUUUCUCGGCAAAGAGUCCUUUUACUUGUGAAUCUCCUCUAGGUUCUGAGUGCGUCCUCAGAAUCCAACCUCAGCAGCCGAGGCUGACAUUUGCUCAAUCACCCCAUGUUGAAUAUUGCGAGGCAUUAUUUAAAAGCAGUUCAAAUAAUUAUAAUGAUAAAAAACUCAUAUGCUGAAUUUGUGCAUGCAUCCUCAGAGACAAUGGAGACAAAACUACGGAAAAUCUGACUAAAAAAAAAAUGAAAAAAGAAAGGCAAGGAGGUGAGGUGUGUUCUCCUUCUCCACCUCCUUAUUGUGGAGGAGUUUUUUUAGCAUGUCUCAUGAAGGAAGAAGAGAAGAGAGACACGGUCAGUGAGACCUGGUCAUAUGGAGAGGCCAGUCCUGACCGCAGUAGAUGCUCUGACAUACAGUUUAGCCUCUGCUCUCUUACGCACACACACUCACGCACCCACACACACAAACACACUCUCACACCCAUCCACUGGCACACACACACACACACACACACACACACACACACACACACACACACACACACACACACGAAGAGUUGUAACCUCAGCUGUAACCUAGCACACUCCCUUACAGGGGGACUGGCUGUUCUGACCUGCUAGUCAGAAUCCAGGAUGAAUGUUAUCUCUCUAGGCACAAACAGCGGAGCUGUUAGCUUCAUCGCACCACAGCCGACUCACCAUCCACUCUUCCAAAAGAAUCCCUCAGCCGCAGACAUACACACUGUUUCCAGUGGCCACAGUAAAAGCCAUGUGUGUGUGUGUCUGUGUGCACUUGCGUGCGUGUAUGUGUGCGUGGGUCUCCGUGUGCGUGCGCAUAUGUGCACAUUCAUGUGUGUGGAAACUCCUCUGUGUGGGAGGAAUAGGUCUUCUUUUAUUCUCUCUCUUCCACUUUUUCUCUGCUUCUUUCUCCCUCUUGUGUCCACACAAAUUAAAGCUAAGUCAUGUUUAACAAAUAAAUGGCCUAUAUAUAAAUAUAAAUAUGAAUAUAAAUAUAUAUAUAUAUCUUUUUUAUGACAAUUUCUAACGGGACUAAGUCUGUAAAAAUCAACAUCUCCAAACAAUAUUCCAUUGCUUUCUUUGGGUAAUAUUGCAGUUUGGUUGUUGAAUUUACUCAUGUUCCCAUUUUAUUGUUGUAAAACGCAGCAAAAAGCUUCACAGAGACAACUGAAGCGUCCGAGUCGAUGUAAAGCAGACCUCACACCAGAGCUUUGAACUGACACAUGUGACCCUGGUCUUGUGUUAGGCUGAAAACGGAUCGAAAAAAAAACCACAUGUACAAUGCAGCCGUGUGUGUCUGUGUGACCGUGUGCGUGUGCCUCCGUGUGUCUGCUGCUUGUGUGUGUGCGCGUGCGAGAAGGUGUGUGUUGUGUAAGAAAUACUAAAUGAUACUAUAUGAGAAUAUCUAUCCUUUAUAACAUCCACUGGUGGUUAUAAUGUAUAAUACAUAAAUGGGUGCUGUGCGUAUGUGUGUGUGCCAGAGCGAGAGAGUGAGACACGCACGUAAAGAUGUAGUGCAAUACUGCUAUGAUGUUAUGCAAUGAAGAUGGUUUAACGUGUGUAUAAGAUGAAGAGUAUUUAUAGUUUGCACUGACAGCAUUAUAUGCUACAGGUUUCAGCAGGAAAAGGACGGCGAGCGGAAAGCAAAAAGGACUCCGAGGUUUUACGAGCAUGUGUUUGUAUUUACUUAUAAUUUGUCCUGAAUUAUAAGAGUGAAGGUGGAAGUAUUGAUGGAAGUGACCAUUCAUAUUUAUUGUUUGUUAAUUUUUUUUUAUUUUUUCUUUGCUCACUUGCUUCUCUCAGCUCAAGGUGGAACAGCUGAAGCUUGUGAGUGACAGCUAUCAAUUUCUGUUCUUGUUUAUGGUUUAUUAUUUAUUCAGAACUGUCACCGGUUCCAUCUCAAGUCUGUAUAUUUUUGUAAUUUUUUUUUUCCACCUUGAGAGAGCUCAUGGGUCUCGGCCAGAAAUGCUGUAAAUAUAAAAAGAGAUGUUGGAGUGCUGCGUGGCUUCAGAUUUAGCCACACACACUGCUGAUUUGACGCGAGUACAGAAUCCAUCAGAGCCACAGCCCAGUUUUAACUGCUCUAUAAGAAAAAAAACACACACAAACAACAUCUGCACACCCCGGGUGGGCAACACACACACACACACACACACACACACACACACACACACACACAUGCACACACAAAGAUAAUCAGCACAUCCACACAUCCAUUUACAUUUACACAUUGAGAGAAUCACAGAAACAACACAUCCAUGAAUGGAAUAAUAUGUUUUCAAUUUCUUUAUUUGAGGGUUCAAUGUAUUUCUUAAUAUCUCUCUCAGCCAUCCGUAUCAUAGUGUGAUAUUCCUUAUAAAAUAUAUGAAUUUUUACAGAAAAGACUGAUUACAAAGUUACAACAGAGUCAACUGAUGCAGAAAAAUAUAUUUAACAAUGACAAUAUCAAGCAAAAUAAGAUGUUCCAGUUCAGUGAAGCGCUUGUUGUAAAUUAGCUAUAAAAUAAUAAAAUGAAUUUAAAAAUGCUUUCUGAAAA